AACCCCCCAAUUCAAACCAAAUUUUCCUAACGUUUUCAAUUCAAAUAUUCAGAUAUUUCUGAUUCGAUCGCAAUGUCCUGCAAAGGUUGCCCCCCCUACGAGAAAGACAAAUCGGCGAUCUUUUUCCCCCGCUGCUUUCAGUGGAUACGCGGCGCGUGCACCAAAAAGAAUCCCGGAAAUGUGGAAAAUCUUCAUGGUCUGUCGCGCAACGUGAUGCCCAAGUUCUUUGAUGGCCUUGAACUGGAUUAUAUGCAUCGUUUGGGGCCGCACAAGUACAUCACAGGGUCCUGGAUUUUGAGCCACAUGAAGGCGGCGGGCUUUCGCUUUGGCGGUCUCUAUACAUUUCGCCUCACAAAUGAUGUUUUGCUUACACCCACUAUUAUCGGGGAUAUACAUCCCUCGACGCAGGCCGCCAAUCUGAAUAUCCUGUACUAUCCGUACGAAUGCCUCCGCUUGGAGGCCACGCUGCAGCGGAGCAGCGAGAAAACGCCCGUGGACAGCCAAUAUACCAUCGAAUUGACACGCCCCUGCGACACUUGGUCUGCUAAUUUCUAUAAUGUUCGCAAGGAUAGUGGUCGCUGUACAUUGUCCGUGAUGCGGGCCAUCACCCAGCAUUGGGCAUUGGGCGGCGAGAUGUUGUUGGAGUGGAAUUCUCCAGAGAAACUAUCCACAGAUUUUGCUCUGGCGGCGCGUUAUUCGCAUCACAAUUUCGCUGUCGCCGCCUCGGCCUCUCGCAUUGGCCUGGAUAUCAGCUACUGGCAGCGCAUCUAUCCACAGAUACAGAUGGCCAAUCUGUUGGCCUACAAUUACAUCACCAACAAGACCAUUGCCACAGUUGGCUAUCAAUGGAACUUUUCCGAUUCGGCCGUACAUGCCAUGCUUGAUUCGGAUGCUUCUGUGGGCUUUAUGUGGACCAAGUAUCUCAACAAUUUUCCUCUACAAAUGGGCCUGAGUGUGAUAAUGAGCAUUCCAACAGAUCGUUUUGCCUUUGGCAUGCGUUUUGUUGUCGAUCCGAGUGGCUAUCGUCGCGAUAAUUAAUUUCUUUACAUUUUAUAUUUGUUAUCCACCAAAUUACCAAUCGAUUUUUAGUCCAAAAGACAUUAACAAAUAAUUUCGGCAAAAAAUAAAGUUUUUUUGGAGUU